AUGUCGACCGCCCCGGGCCCCCUCGCAUCCCGGCCCCACUCAAGCUCGUCGCCUCCGGCCGUAGAGGCGCAGUCGCUCGCCUCGCUCAACUUCUUGGCUGCGAACCCGCCUCAGUACCCCGAAAAGCCCACCGAGAAGAGGCCGGGGCCGCUGGUCCUCUAUAUUUCCCGCGUCCCGGGCACACGGGACGUCAUCCUCUCGCCCUUCAAGCCCCAGGUCAGAAACGUCACGGCAGAAGACGUCGCCACCUCUCUCUACUAUGUCCACCUCGAUGCCCCUUCCGAUCUUUCGGCCCCCCUGGCAGACCGCGCCGAGCCGCGGAGCUCAAGCGAGGACGCCUCCUCCCUUCAGACCAUUCCCCGAAAGCCUCUCCCCGACUCGGCGCGGCCCCUGACCCCCGAAAGCCUCCCGAGCGCGAGCCGCCUCAAGAAUGAUCAAGGCGCCGCCGCACCACUCGGCUCGCGACAAGAAGCCUCGCCCUCCCCAUCUGCCCUCAGGCCAAACAACGACUCUGGGCUGGGGCUUACCGCCGACUUGGCCGACCCGCCCCGUCGUCCCUCACCCGGGCUUCAGACGGGCAUGCCAGCACGCAAGCCGGUAGCGUCCCAAGUCAGCGUGGACUCGCCUCGUUCCGCCACUGCUCAGCCUGUGCCGGUGCUGGCCUUGGACAUUCCCACGCCCACCGAUGACGCCCUGUGCACCAUCGAUCAGACUGUUGCCCAUGCCCUCUCACCCCAGGCGCACAGCCGGAAGUCGUCUUUGCCUGGUGCGCCAUUCACCCUGACCCUGAUCCGCCGCGACCCGGGCUCGGGCAACCAGUGGAACGUGGGCCGGGUCUCGUCGCGCCAACUCGACCCCCCGUCGGCCGCCAACGAAACCGCCGACUCCCCCACGGCUGCGACUGUGUCGGCGAGCCCGCCCAUCGACGUCGAGAUCGAAACGUCAGGGUACGCCAAGUUUCGCCGCCUGCCCAUGAAGCAGAGCGCUGAAGUCGGCAUCGAGGCGGCGCUGGCUGCGGCAGCUGAAGAAGUGGCCCGGCCACGCAACGAUAUCGGCGUCUUCUCGAGGCGAGUCGCCAUGGGGUACUCGAAGAGUUACUCGAAAAGCUUGACGGCCAACAUCAAGGGAAAGCUCGGGCGUCUGGAGCGAGCGGGGCGCGCGAGGAUCAACCAAGGGCGCAAUGGCAGCAUCGUGUCCAUCGACUCGGCCAUGUUCUCGGCUCCGUCCGGGUCGGAAGAGGACGACUUCUCGAAGCCGCGGGGAUAUACGUUCCAAAGCCCCUGGGACGGCAAGUGCGAAUUCCGGACAGGCCUCGGCGGGCGCAGCGUGCAGUGCCGACACACGCUGCACGGCGGGGGGCCGGCGGCCUACAACCCCCUGGUGGCGGAGCAGGGGCAUGGCAUGGCCAAGAGGGGACCUGUGACGGUGAGCGAGCUGCGCUUCAGCCUGCCCACGUCGGAGCUGCUCGGGGAGCAGGCCAAGAGCGCCAAGGACCAGUGGCGCGGCAACUUCAGCAAGCUGCUGCGCCCGAGCCACGAGCACGACGACGACGACGACGUGUCGCCCUUUGAGGUCAACGUCGGCACCGAGCGGGCCGGCGGCGGCGUCAGCGGCCGGAAGGCCAAGCUAGGCAAGCUCAUUGUCUACGCCGACGGGCUCAAGAUGCUCGACCUGGUGGUGGCGGCCAACAUGGGCGUCUGGUGGGGAGCUUGGGAGCGGACAUUUUGA